AUGGAUUAUUACGCCACCCCCACGACACUGUAUAAUGUGCAGGUCUGGAUUCCUUGUGGUGAAGAAGCAGGGGGACACUUUGUUGACCUGCACCGAGAGCAGCUGAUCCAGCGAUUCUCAGAAGUGGACGCAGUCCUGAAGCUACUUCGGGGGCACACGCUAACCCCUGAGCAAUACCAGAGCAUCAGCACCGGGAGAUCCAAUGUGGAGAAAAUGCAGAAGCUGUACGAGCUGGUGCCGAGCUGGGGGAGGGAGCGCAAAGACCAGUUCCACCGGGUACUGUGUAUAACAAACAGAGCCCUUGUUGAUGAGCUUGAAGGGGAACAUUUUGUGGUGCGGUACCGGGAGCAGCUGAUUCAACGCGCCUCUUCAGUUGACAGAAUCCUGGGUAUGCUUCAUAGGGACAAGCUGCGAUAUGAUGAACAGAAUAAACUGUGGAUGGAAGGACAUUCCAGUCACAUGGAAGCUCCUCAUGAUCAAAUUUCCACUGAAGAACUGACAUCAGCAUCAGCAGGAGUGAGACGCAGGAGUGAAGAUGCCACUUCAGGCUCCUGGGGAAAGGACAGAUGUGAUUUGUGUCACAGAGAGAAGAAUUUUGCAGAAGAAGUAAAACCAGAGAUUUUGCCAGGCCCAGAGGAGAACCAGAAAUUGUACAGGGUUCACUUCCCCCAGGCAGGCUCCUUCAGAUGCUCUGAAACUGAACUGGGGUUCGAGGUGAGGGCAGCCGUGACUCUCAAAUACAACUAUGAAUCUUGGCAUUGUCAUCAGACAGAACUGGACAUGCAGCAGUGGAUGAUCGCUGGCCCUUUGUUCAACAUCUGGGCGGAACCGGCCGGGGCUGUGGCAGCUCUGUACCUCCCACACUUCAUGUGCCUCGCAGGGGGAGAGGCUGGCGUCUCCCAGAUGCGAAUGGCCCAUUUUGUUGAUGGGAGGAUGACACUGGAGGAGCCAACGCGAGUGAUGCCUUUCCACGCUGUGCUGGAGAACCCCCGUUUCUCCCUUUGGGGAGCUAUUUUGAAAAAAGGAAAAGCUAUGCUAUCUAGUUCAAUCCACGGUAUCACACUGCUUUACCGGGCACUCAGGGCUGAAAAUAUAACUCUCCACCUCUACUUGAUACCUGACAUCCUUCCAUUGAGAAAGGUAAUUGAUGAUAAUGAAAGAAAGUACAAAUCAAUACGUGUGCGCAAACCUCCUACAACUAAACCAUUGACCUAUGGCUCCCAUUAUGCUGUAUCCAGCACAUCAAAUGUAGAGAUAACACCUGAGGAGCUGGAGUUCUGUUAUGUAGAUCCCCAGGAUGAACAUCCAUACAUGGAGAUUUACACCCAGAGCUUGGUGGACAAACUGGAGCUCAGCUUGGUGAAGCAAAGUGAUAGGCAACUGAUCUGGAAGGCCCUUGUGAGACCAGGUGACAUUGAGCACAGUUCACCAUCAACAGAACGCCACACAGGAGGUGGCACGGGGAAGACAAUGAAAGAUCACCUCCUGGACACCCUGAAAAACCUCCUAGAGGCAGAGAUGAAGGAGUUCAAGAGCAAACUGACUGACAUCAAGCUGGAAAAGGGAUACCACAGCCACGUACCUCGAUGUGACCUGGAGAAAGCAGACGCUGUGGAGCUCACUGAGCUGCUAAUCAGUCACUACGGGGAGCACUAUGCGGUGAGGGUGACCACGAUGGUGCUGGACGCUAUCAACCAGAGAGACCGGGCAGAGAGACUUCGCAGGGCAACAGUGGCUGGUCAGGAAUGAGCCAGUGGGGGAAGAUCAGCCUCCUCUCUACAGGGGAUCCCACUGCAUCUUCAUCUCUGCAUCCUCCCUGUUCUCUGAAUUCUAAGCACAAACUCAGACGGAAUAUACUCCUCUCUCUUCGUAAGUCAGAGUCCUUGGGAACUGCAUACAAAGCCAAUUCCUUUCCGAGUUCACGUUUUUCUGACCCUUUAGGAUCAGGUUUCACUUUAAUUGUCUCUCAGUCCCCUCCUUCCCCCAAGCUCUUUUCAACCCCCCACUCCUAUCUGCAACCUGCAGUUUUGAUUUUAUUAUCCCCCUACCCACUUGAAUACAUUUGUUCUCUAUUUAUCAUUCCACUAGUAACUCUGCAG